AUGUCUAAUAUCUCAAUCAUCUUCAUUUCAUUUAUUUUGAUUCUCCCUUUUGUCUGUUCAAUCCAUUUUAAAAUAACUAGUUUCAACCAAAGUUCCCAAAUAGCAUACCAAGGAGAUGCAAAACCAAAAAAAUCCGUUGACCUUACCCACAUCAACUUCACUUGCCGUGCUGGUUGGGUUACUUACGGCAAAGAGAUCCCUCUAUGGGAUCCAGCAAUCGGCAAACCUUCAGAUUUCACCACCCGCUUCUCCUUCAGAAUCGAUACUAAGCGUCAAAAGUAUGGUAACUACGGCCAAGGGUUCGCUUUCUUCAUAGCCCCGGCUCGUAUCAAAAUGCCUCCAAACUCAGCUGGUGGCUUCUUAGGUCUCUUUAACCAAACCCACCUUAAGUCUUCUCCUUACCCAUUAGUUCAUGUCGAGUUCGACACGUUUAGCAAUCCAGAAUGGGAUCCUACAGACAUGAAGUCUCAUGUGGGUAUCAACAACAACUCUCUUGUCUCUGCCAACGUCACUUCUUGGAAUGCAACGUUACACAGCAAAGAUGUAGCUCGUGUGGUGAUCUUUUACGAUUCCGUUAGAAGAAACUUGAGCGUCUCUUGGAGUUAUAACAAAACAUCUGAUCCUAAUGAGAGCUCGAGCUUAUCUUACAUCAUUGAUCUUUCGAAAGUGCUUCCACCAGAAGUCACUAUGGGUUUCUCCGCUUCAUCUGGUUCUUUUAGCGAAGGGAAUAGACUUUUGUCAUGGAAGUACAGUUCGAAGUUGGAGCCAAGAGAUCUCAAGAAGAUUGAAACUGAUAGGAAGGUGAUGAUAAUCGGUAGCUCAGUUGCAGGGUUUGUUUUAUUAACCUUUGUCGUUAUCUCCCUCACCGUUUUCUUGAGAAGGAAGCAAAGGAAGAAGAGAGCAGAGGAGGAAGCAAGCUUGAUAUCUAUAAACGAUGAUCUUGAAAGAGGAGCAGGACCAAAGAAGUUUUCUUACAAAGAUCUUGUGACAGCUGCUAACAACUUCUCUGACGAUAGGAAGCUUGGUGAAGGAGGGUUUGGAGCUGUGUAUAAAGGCUACUUAACCGGGAGAGUGGGGGCUGAGGGAAGCCUUGUGGAGAGAGUUUGGGAGUUUUAUGGGAAAGGAGAUGUGAUGGAAGUUGUGGAUGAGAAACUUAGGGUUGAUGGUUUUGAUGAGAAGGAAGCGGAAUGUCUUAUGGUUGUAGGGUUGUGGUGUGCUCAUCCUGAUAGGAAUGAGAGGCCUUCGAUUAAACAAGCGAUACAAGUGUUGAAUCUUGAAGCACCGUUGCCUCGUCUUCCUAAUAAAAUGCCUGUUGCUACUUAUCAUGUCUCGUCUUCGAGUAAUGGAACAUCGGUGAGCUCUGGUGGUGACCACAAUUGUUAUGUCUCGUCUUCGAGUGGUACUGUGACGUUUUCAAGUGCUCAAGUUGGUCGUUGA